UAUAUAUGAUUUUAUUGAGAAAUAACAAAUAGAAAAUUAUAGCAAGGAGGAACUACGUUAAGUUGUCUUUUAAUUUUAAUUAUUGCUGGAAACAAUUUUUUUAUAUCAUUAUAUUUUGUGGGAACCAAAAAUUUAUAUGAUAUCACUAUAAUAUUAUUUUUAAUUUAAUUUUAAAGCUUUAUCAAAUAACUUAAUAAAACUUAAUUUGUGCAAAAUCCUUGUUUGCAAGAUAUGCAGUGCACCAAUCCCAUGUCGCCUAAAAGAAAAUAUUAUUUGUCUCUCUCACCCAUGUUUUAAAGUUUUUAUUGCACGUACAGAAACUUUGUUAACUUCUACCCUUCCUAAAAACUAUAAAUAUACCAAAGAAUCAAAUCAAAUGUCAUGUCUCUCUAUCUCUUGUAAUCUUAAUAAGAAAAACAAAACUUUUGUUAUACCAAUGGCUUACAUAGGCUUACUUGAUGUCUUCAUAGCUUUCCUUAUCUUUAUCAUUUUCCAUUUCUUGAUUCACAAGAAAACCCAUAAACCCUUUCCUAGAAACUGGCCCAUUCUUGGGAUGCUUCCUGGUGUGCUCGUCAUGCUUCACAAGAUCAAUGGCUAUCUUGUAGAAGUUCUCGAAGUCUCCAACUUAACCUUUGUAUUCAAAGGCCCUUGGUUCUCUGGAAUGAACAUGUUGAUCACUGCAGAUCCUGCAAACGUUCAACACGUCUUCAGUUCCAACUUCUCUAAUUACGACAAAGGAUCUGAGUUCAAAGAGAUGUUUGAUUUUCUUGGAGAAGGAAUCUUCACUGCUGACUCCAAACUCUGGGAGGAGAUGAGGAGAUCAUCAAUGGUCAUGCUUAGCCAUCAAGGGUUUCAAAGCUUCUCACUCAAGACCAUUGCGAGUAAAAUCAAGAACGGUCUUGUGCCAGUUCUUGAUCAUUUCGCAAAGGAGAAUAUGGUUUUUGAUUUACAAGACGUGUUCCAGAGGUUAGCGUUCGAUGUAACCCUAACUCUUGUAACGGGUUACGAUUCUAACUCUCUUUCCAUUGAAAUGCCGAAGAAUGAGUAUGCAAAAGCUAUGGAUGAUGCUGAAGAAGUGGUUGUGGUUAGGCAUGUUAAGCCUAUGUUCGUGUGGAAGCUUCAAAACUGGCUUGGACUCGGAGAAGAGAAGAAGAUGACACAAGCUAACGCUGCUUUUGAUAGAUCUUGUGCAAAGUAUAUAUCUGCAAAGAGAGAGGAGAUUCAUCAACACUCCACUAUUGGAGAAAAAGCUCAUGAUGUGGAUUUAUUAAAAUUCUAUAUGAAUCUUGAUACCUCCAAGUAUGAGCUCUUAAACCCUAAAGACGAUAGCUUCCUCAAAGACAUCAUCAAGAGUUUCAUGCUUGCUGGAAGAGACGCCAUUGCAACAACUCUCACUUGGUUCUUCUGGCUUCUCUCCAAGAACCCUGAAGCUCUGACCAAGAUCCGUCAAGAGAUCAACACAUAUCUAACAAGAUCCUCCGACAAGAGUUUAGACCAAGACAAGUUAAGCAAGAUGGUGUAUCUACAUGGUGCAUUGUGUGAAGCAUUAAGGCUAUACGCUCCUAUCCCGUUCGAGAGAAAGUCUCCCAUAAAGCAAGAUGUGCUUCCAAGUGGACACAAGGUGGAUGCAAAGUGGAAGAUCUUGUUCUCUGUCUAUGCCUUGGGGAGAAUGAGAGCCGUGUGGGGAGAGGACGCGUCUGAGUUUAAGCCGGAGAGAUGGAUCUCUGAGAGAAAUGGAGGCUUGAAACAUGAACCUUCUUUCAAGUUCUUUGUGUUUAACUCUGGUCCAAGAAAUUGCUUGGGGAAAAAAUUGUCUUUCUUGCAGAUGAAGAUAGUAGCUACUGAGAUCAUACGAAACUAUGACAUCAAUGUCCUUGAAGGGCACAAGAUCGAGCCAGCUUCUUCUAUAGUCCUUCACAUGAAACAUGGUCUCAAAGUCAAAGUUGCUAAGAGAUGUUUGGUUUCAUAAACUGAAAUUACAAUACGUGACCUGCUUGAGAUCAAUCAUCCCCUAUAGAUUAUUAUUAUUAUUUUUUUUUUUUUUUGAACACCUCAUCCCCUAUAGAUUAUUAUUUUAUUUGAGAAGUAAGUUCUCAAAGUAUAUAAUUAAGGGUUUCUCUAUAAUUAAUGUAUGAAUACCUCUCAUCUCUCAUGCCUCCCACAAAAAAAUAUCCACAUAUUAUAUAUUGUAAACCGUGUAUUAAUUCAUAUCAAUAUUUCAUUUGUGUAAUUCGAGAGUGAAGAGAGGUUCAACUUGUUUGCUUUUGAUUCAAAUUG